AUGGCCCCUAGUCUACGAGAACUGAUUGAUUUUCUCCUGGCAGAGAUUGCCCUCUGCGGUGAUCAAGGCGCUUCUCCUUCCGAUAUCUUGACGUUCAUCAAUACUUUCUAUGCCAAGGCUGCACAGGAUGCAUCCACCCGCAGCCAUGUUGUCGACCGCAGAUUCCAGGAGAAAGUCUGGUCGUGGUUAGCAAGAAACCCUGAAGUUUCUAUUGGCGAAAAUAGAGAAUGCAAUGCUCUGAGUCUUAGUGAUGUAGAACGCCGUGUUAAUGAUGCACCCGGCUCUGAGCAUACUGCCCAACACCCAAUCCGUGUUUUUGUCUCAAAGGAGAGGACAUGGCUUGCCAUCACAGGCCAUGAACCGGACGAGAACAAACUUCUUGCUACAGAAUUUGCUCUACUAUCUAUCAUCGCAUCGCGCAAGUCAAAUGGUAUUGCUCAAACUGAAUUGGUGAAACUGAGCGGCCAAGACAAGCGCUCAGUCCCCAAGCGAACUGACCAACUGCAGCAAAAAGGCUACAUUGAGAAGAGGGCUAUCCAGAUCAAAUCAACCCGAACUAGUCUUUGCACCCUACGUAAAUUUAUGCAAACAGAGCAAUCAUCUACAGAAGUGACAAAAAAUCAAUCCUCGGGGCAACCACAAGUGAUCGACUAUAAGGAAUUCAGCAAGCAGCUUUUCAGUAUCCUUCGGGAGCAUGAGAUCAUUUCCCGUGUCGAUCUUAAGAAAAUCCUCGGCUUUGCCGAUAGAUGGCGGUGGCGUAUCCUCUCUCGUGCUCUGCGGAAAUUUGAACGCAUAGGUGUCUUAAAGCGUGUCAAGGCCAUGUCGCAGUUUUCUGAGAAUGAUAAACAUUAUUUUGCUUGCGUGAAGCUUAUACGAGAACCGACUGAAAAGGAUUUGGAGCUGUUCCAUGAAUUCAGUCGAGGCAUCUCAACUAAUCUGGAGCAGGAUGAUAAUGCGGAACUUGAUGAAGAUGUAGAGCCCACUGAUGCGACCAGGGAAUCUCCUCUGCUGAAUAAUGGUGAAACGCUCAAUGUGAUGAAAAGAGAAGAGGAUACAGAUGAAGCUGGUCGGAUUCUUCCUCUCUGGACUCCAGACCAGACAAUCCACAACCUGAUUCUUGACGUUGUUGAAAAUGCGGGGACUGAGGGUAUUAUGAACCAGCAAAUCAUCAGGAAAUGCUUUGGUGGUUUCUACCGUCGCCCACUGGAGAACACAAUGAGUCGCCUGGUAGAAUGUUGGCAGCUAUCACAACCGUUGCACCUACGCCACUUGGCUAUUGUACGAGACACGGUACUCAACCGCACUAUAACCCAGUAUAACCAUUUCACCGCAACAAACUUUGCAAAGCUUGUUGAGGCGGGCGAGUCAGCCUGGGAAGCUGUUGAAUUCACCCCGAAAAAUCCGAAGGUGGACAAGAUUCGUGCGCCACCUGUUGACGCACUGCCCGAGCUGGACGAGUAUGGACUACCCGUGGCUGUCCCUGCGAAAGAGCUCGUGAAAAACGGCGAUGUUUCUCUUCUGGAAUGCAUAGUGGCAGUGGACCCGUCAAGCUACAAUGCCACCAACACUGACGCCGCAGCAAUUCGACUUAAAGAUGGAACAUACGCACUCCACUGUGGGCAAACCAAAGCGCCAGCGGGAAGUAGAAAGCUUGCUGCAGGUUCUGACAUAGUAACCCCGAUCAGACCGAAAAGAGCACGUCUAGAUGUAUCAGAUUCAGAGAUGGGCGAUAGCGCCCUAGGAAGCCCUGUCUCGACUAUUAAACGUCGAAAAGGACCAAGGGAUGAGUCUGAAAAGUUCCAAGGAAUGUCUGAGAUCGAGAAGCUUAGAGCUCUUGGUUUGGAUGAGACUUGGACGGAGUACAGCGCUCUGUUGAUUAAACGUCCGAAUUCUGGAGUUUAUGUCACACCACGUGGAAGGCGAAGACCAACUGGUAAAAGACAAGGUCGUCCAAGGAUCAGUCGGAUUGCUGUAUUCAAGUCCCCGAAGCUUUUGUCUUUUCCCUGGUUUACUGAAGAGGCUGAAACAGGCGGCCAAGGCGGCGGAUCACAACAGCACUCUCGGGAACAGACUGUCGAAGAGACUGUCGAAGAAACACCUGUUCCCACACCUGCCACGACGGGCAAGGCCAUGGAUGCACCUGAAGAUAUGAAUGCCACACCUUCCCGAGGUAUAAAAAGACACUCAAGGCAGCCCACAUCUAAACUUGGACCUAGCCCAGCGACUAUGCGCACUGCAAAACAGCGACGCAUUACCGACUUUACUACUAAGUCUAAUAAUGUUCCUAUGACAUAUACCGAAAAUGCCGAGGGCGCUCCAGUUGGAGACCCGACACAGGAUAAGUCUGACGUUGGCAACGAUGAUAAAACCCAAGGAAAGCAAUUGAAACGGAAGAGGGCUGAGUCACCAAGCCAAACUAGCCAAGGUGUUAUAACUGAGAAAAGUCUAAGAGAGAGCAACGUUCAUGCGACACAGGUCCUAGAGACACCGUCCAAGAAGCCUCGCGAAGCAGUCCGAAAUGAGGGAAACAAAGACGCUACAGGCGCUAAAGACAACCCCCCAGCAGAUCAAGCGUCUGUUAGCGACUUAAAUGGCUCUACACCAAUGGAGACAGAGGAAAGUACUGCCGAGACAGAUAGAACUGCAAUGAACAUGACACCGGCAUCUCAGGCUGUUCUAGAGAGUAAUCAUGGCCAAGAAGUCAACGCCAAUCCCUUGGAGCACCCCAAGGAUGCCAAUGGUUUGAGCGGAGCCCCGAUAAAUAUGGAAGCACUGGCUGAGAACAGCAAAUCAAGAGAAAAUGUGAAGGAAAAGAAAGGGUCUGUCGGUUUCAUUCGGCGAAAGAUCAUCUUGGACAUCGUCGAAAAAGCUGGCGGGGCAUUCCCCAUGGGAACUGAGAUCUGGUACCCAUUCGCGACUGCGUGGAGGAAGACAAAGUACAAAGAAACCCCCGACCUUCGUACGAUCAAAGCAACUGUGAAACACAUAAUUGAUGCUGGAAAGCUUCGCCAAUUAACCUUUAGUGGCAAGGAUAACAAAGGGGUCAUGGUAACAAAGAAUAUCAUAAUCAAACCUGACAUGCGGCCGGAUGACCCUCUGGUUAUGGAUAUGCAGAAAAAGAUGCUGGCUGCAGGCUCCCGCCAUUACAUUCCAGAUAAUGUCGACUACGAUCCCGAAAUGACGAAGACUGGCGCAAGGAGAGUUACUUUUGGAAAAGAUGGCAGAGACCCCAACACGUAUUCCAAACUUCCUGUCGAGUCAGCGCUCACAGUACAAUUGCAGUAUAAACCAGGCUUUGUUGUAGCCCAGGAGAAGAGGAAGGGUCUGAGCGUUCAGAGGCGACUGCUGCAGAGGAUUGGGGAAGGGAAAGAAAAUCAUUCAAAAGUGGUUCGACUCUUGUCACUCCAGCGACCGGUGGCACAAGACUCUGCUAUUCCUGGAAUGACUGCUGCUGCAAGACCUGAUCAAAUAGCCAACCAAGGUAGAAAGCGGAUCAAAGCGGGACGUCGAUCUUCUGUACUUCAAGCGCAGGACGGCUCGACCGCCGAAGGUGGCCGGAGAAUGAAACGCCUUUGGAUUCCCAUAUCGUCUAUGGCUCCAUACGCGAUGCUGAUGAACUCAAGGCAGACGUUCAAUGCAAAUACAGGAACCUUUUCAACAGACGGAGGCCUUGCUGCUCUGCGGGCUGCAAGGCAUGACCAGAAGAAGAAAGUGCGCGAGUCACCGCGUGCUCUUGAGACCUUCAGCGACAAAACACCCGAGCUGCCUCAUUCACUUGACGACUUGUUUAGCCAGACACGGCGACGCACUGUUGACUAUUCCGAAAGUGCAGACCCCCGAUCGAACCGGUUCUUUUAUGAUACGAAUGUGAUUAUGCGAUGGGAACUUCAAAACGAAGGACUGCUUGACAAGAAGAGCGCAGACCUUUGGUACAUCAACCAGACUGUGCAGGAUAGUUUUGAUAGCGCUCCAAUGCAGGGUGACAUACGGUUUGACAUUGAUGAACCGGAGCUUCCAACGCGCCCCCCGCUAGAGCCGAGGGUUACUAGACAAAGGGGGCGCCAAUCCGAUUUGCCUGCGCAGCCUGGCACUUUUGGCGCAAUGACGCUUCUCGAACCUAACCGAAUCCCGAUAUCUCGGACAAUGGCCCCUGGAAUAGCACGGAACCGUCGCUUGGAGAAGCUCACUGCAUCAAUGGCAGCUGGCGAUGAGUUCGAUACAACAUUACAACCCACUGGGUCUCGAGCGCCUGCUCGCCGGAAUCGCACUGGUUAUCAAUUGCCGCACUUGCUGACUCAAAGGAUCAUGGUUGCGAUUGUUGUCGUUCGUGCCUUAGCUGGGGGUUAUGAAGGUAAGGUCGUCGACUGGGCGCUCUUUUCUAGCAGCUUUCCGGCCCAUGAUCCGCUUUUCAUCCAAGCAAAAGGGAAGUAUGUGUUAAGCAAGAACCGGCUCCAGUUGGCGAAAAUGCAGAGCGACUUCCAAGAGCGUUAUCUUGAAGCAUACGCCAAUGGCCAAGUUCCUCCGAUCAAUUACGAUGAUCUCGAGGGGUAUGAUUGGGAAUGGAUUGUCGACUGGGCCAACGCACAGCUCGAUGUCCCCAAGUCCGAAAAGCUUCUUCCGGACCUCCCUGCUACAAGAGAGCAAUUCGACAGUGUAUUUGAGAUUCGCGAGGAACCGCCGAGCACUCUGGAUGAUAUCUAUCAGACCACUCAGCCAUUGACCAUCAAUCGCAAGCGUAACCUUUUCGCGAGCGUUCCAUUCGCUCUCCCUCUGAUCGAUAAACACAAGUCGCCUACCCCUCGGAAGCAGGAUCUUUCUCGCUUGGAAGUGGUCAAAUCAUGGAUUCGGGCCAAUGUCGUUACUCCCGAAGAGGCAUACAGACCCGCUGAGGCACGGCAAGCACUAUCAUACAUGGGCAAUUUUAUAGAUAGCGCCAUCGAUUCGUUGGUAACAGAGAGGAUCAUAUCAAUGGGUAACAGGGGCAGGAUCACGCCGGGCCGCAACUUCGACAUCACAGAUCACUUCCUCCAGGCAUUGGGACGCAAGCGAUUGAUUGAAAGCACCCAGCUCCGACGGGCAGCCAGAUUCAAAACGCAUAUGCUCGACCCAGCACUACAAUCCGAAGGCAAAUUUGAGAUUAAAUAUCAUGCCGAAGACGGCGACAUACUAGCAAUGAUCAACCUAGUGGCCGCGCGCAGAGUCAUCUUGAGACCGCGGGAUCCUCCACGCGAUAAAUACGGGUUGACAGAGGGUGGCUACCUGACCAGACAAAUAGACAAGGAUAAGCUCCGCUUCGGAGUUGAGCUGUACCCAGUUGAAGAAAACUACGUGUACGGGAACCCGAUUGAGAAGGAACUCAACGAUGUUCCGGCGCCCUGUCCGCCCCGAGCCACGAACAACGGGGUGGCCUGGGUACCAGAAAAAAUCCCUAUAUGGUGCGAUAUUCACGGUGGCUUCAUCAAGCUACUGUGGGAUUUGGCUGUUGCGGCAGUAGCGGGUUGUGUUGCCAACAGACCGGGGCUUAGCGCCGCGAGCAUUGCCAGCAUGAUCAAACCUACGAUGGGAGCAUGGGAAAUCGAGCUCCUGCUGAAAUGGAUGACAGAGAUCGGGGUCAUGCGAAAGGAAGGCCCAAAUGGCGAAAAGGAAGCUGGAUGGAUACUCCAAGAAUGGUGGUGGAUGAUCCUACGCUAG